GGUUGUGUGUGUGUGUGUAUAUGUGACGUCUCGUUUUCAGUAGCUUGCUAUGAGGGUGAACUUGCUUGAAGCCAGCUCACUCGAGCUGCUUUGACAUUUAGACAGAGAGGUAGACAGAAAAUGGAGAAACUAUCAAGCUUACUGGGGCUCACAAAGGCACUGCUGAGAGAGAAGGCCAGGAGUAUUAAAAUGGGACAACAGCAAAAAGCCCUCAGUGAGGGAGAAUUGAGAGGCAGAGCCAGAGGACACUCUAAGACACAGCUGGGAAGUACCAUUCAGCCACAGGGUUCCUGUGGUCACAGGGUGAAAUCCUCAGAAGUUAUCUGCAUGGUGAACAUCUGCCUGAAACAGAAGAGCCUUGACUUCAGCUGUCCCGUGUGUGGGGAGACAUGGGACUGGGCGAUGGCGAAGGACCAGAUCCAGCUCUCUCAAGCUCAGACCACCAUCCUAGAGGCCCAGGUCAACCGCAUCGUCCAGGAGCUCCCAGACAGAUACAAGAAGUGUCCAGUCUGCUCCUGCAUCCUCAGUCGUCCGCUGGACAGCACGGGUCAGCCGUGCCCCUUCUCCAGCUGCGCCCGCUGCCCCCACACCCACCACUUCUGCUGGGCGUGCCUGGCCCCGUGGCUCUUCCCCGACGAGGCGGGGGCGGGCCAGUGCAGCAACGGCUCUUGCUACCUGGUGGGCACCCUGCUCUCGUGCGACGUGGUGACGGAGCCUGGCAGCUCGGUGCUGGGGUGCCCGCGCUUCCGCGCCUGCCCCAAGUGCCUCGCCCUCCUCUCGCACACAAGGGACGGCUGCAAGCACACGGCAUGCCCGGAGUGUGGGCACGUGUUCUGCUACGUGUGCCUCCUGGACACUGCCGCGUGCCCGCAACAGGAGAAUGAGCACUACCUCCCGUUCUGCAGGGGCCAGAAGGCCAAGAGACAGUGGUUUGUUACACAGCACGGCACGCAGUGUGACCUGCUGUCCACUUGACGGACAAUAUAUAUAUCAAACCUACAUCCUGUUUGGUGGGUCAGUUUCUGACUGUGCUUGUGCUACUGUGCCCUCUAAUGGUGUGUGUGACAUUAAGGGGAUUCAGGUAUCAUUUGAUUAUUUUUACAUUAAAAUUGCCCUAAUGUGUUGAGAUCCUUUUUAAAUACAGUAAAUCGAUUAUAAUAGAACAAUGACUGACACUUAAUGGAGUUAGAGAUAAGAUUUUAAUUUGAAAAAUAAUUCAAGUUCACUACACACUUCUAUUUGCCUUGUAUAUUUUUUUCUAUUGAUUUUAAAAUGCACAUAGUGUACAUAAAGUUAUUGUAGUUCACAGGUGCUGAGCAAAUUAACUUGUUCACUCACACUGGUAUGGUAUGUGAACAUAGAAGAUCUGUUUAUAAAACGAAUAUAAAACCACUGAACGGUG